CUCUGUCACCGUUGUAUCAUUCUCCACUAUUUUUGCGCCUAUAAAUGCAUGUAUACCAACUACAUCGUUCUCACAAACCCCCCAGGUUCUCUAGUCUUUCUCUUUCUCUCUCUCUCUCUCUCUCUCUCCAUGGGAACUGUUAUGGAAUCUGAACAUCUGGUGAACUUUGCUCCCCCAAGAGGCUUCGCCACCACGUUGAAAUCUGAUCUCAAAGAAACUUUCUUCCCGGACGAUCCGUUCCAGCAAUUCAGAAAUGAAAAACCAGCCGUCUGCGUUAAAAAAGCCCUACAAUUCUUCGUCCCAAUCUUAGAAUGGCUUCCCAAAUACAAUUUCCGUUUAUUCCGAUAUGAUUUACUAGCGGGUAUCACCAUUGCAAGUCUUGCAAUCCCUCAGGGAAUCAGCUAUGCCAAGCUUGCUAACCUUCCUCCGAUCAUCGGCCUCUAUUCUAGCUUUGUUCCGCCUCUUAUAUACGCUGUUUUCGGAAGCUCGAAGCAUCUUGCAGUGGGAACGGUCGCAGCAGGUUCAUUGCUCCUACAGGCUACCAUUUCAAAGGUUGCAUCGCCAACAGAUGAUCCCGCAUUGUAUCUCCAUUUGAUUUUCACGGCAACGUUCAUCACCGGCAUCUUUCAGACAGCUCUAGGUUUUCUUAGGUUGGGAAUUUUAGUGGAUUUUUUGUCGCAUUCCACGAUAACAGGUUUUAUGGGAGGAACGGCUAUAAUAAUCUGCCUGCAACAGUUAAAGGGCUUUUUCGGAUUAACGCAUUUCACGAAUAAAACCGACGUCAUAUCUGUAAUGCACGCAAUCUUCAAGAACAGAAACGAGUGGAAGUGGGAGAGCGCCGUCGUAGGUGUAAGUUUUCUUUGUCUCCUCCAAUCAACUAGAUACGUGAGAAAAAGAAAACCAAAACUAUUUUGGGUGUCGGCUAUUGCUCCAAUGGUGACUGUUCUCCUUGGCUGUUUGUUUGCUUAUUUCUUUCACGCCGAGGACCAUGGUAUCAAAAUUGUGGGAGAAUUGAAGAAAGGAAUAAAUCCUUCUUCAAUUAACUUACUAAACUUUGAUUCUAAAUAUCUGCCAACAGUAAUAAAAGCUGGUCUUGUAACAGGCCUUAUAGCUCUGGCUGAAGGGAUAGCAAUUGGAAGGAGCUUUGCCAUUCUGACAAACGAAAACGUUGAUGGGAAUAAGGAGAUGAUAGCGUUUGGCUUCAUGAACAUUGUUGGAUCUUUCACUUCAUGCUACUUGACAACCGGACCAUUUUCGAAAACUGCCGUUAAUGUCAACGCCGGAUGUAAGACGGCGAUGUCAAACAUAGUAAUGGCUGUCUGCAUGGCGCUGACGCUCCUGUUCUUGGCGCCUCUCUUUCGGUACACCCCGCUUGUUGCUCUGUCGGCCAUUAUCAUGUCGGCAAUGUUUGGACUCAUCGACUAUGAAGCCGCUUAUCACCUCUUCAAGGUCGACAAAUUCGAUUUCGUCAUCUGCAUGGCUGCGUUUUUUGGUGUUGCAUUCAUAAGCAUGGACGUCGGCCUCAUGCUUUCGGUUGGACUUGGUCUAAUGAGAGCACUCCUAUAUGUGGCAAGGCCUGCCACUUGCAAGCUUGGAAAAGUAUCAAACAGAAAUACGUUUCGUGACACUGAGCAGUAUCCAGGUUCAGCAAAUGUUCCGGGGAUGCUAGUUCUACAACUUGGUUCCCCUAUUUACUUUGCCAAUUCAACCUAUAUCAGAGAAAGGAUUUUAAGGUGGAUUCGCGAGGAGCAGGCUAUUUCAGAUUAUGGAGGGUGUAAUCUUGAGCAUGUCUUACUGGAUUUGACAGGAGUUUCAUCCAUCGACAUGACCGGCAUCGAAACGUUAAUUGAAGUACGUAGAAGCUUGCAAGCAAAUGAAAUUCAGAUGGUAAUAAUUAACCCAAGGAUUAAGGUUAUGGAGAAGAUGAUAGCGUCGAAAUUCAUAGACACCAUCGGCAAGGAAUACGUCUUCUUGUGUGUAGAUGAUGCAAUUGAAGCAUGUCGGUUUUCGCUUCAUAAGUCGAAGCAUAACCAUGAUUCUGCAGAAGACUCCAUUGUUGCUUAAGAUGAUAGCUAAUAUAUAUUGAAGCAUGCAUGUCGGUUUUCGCUUCAUAAGUCGAAGCAUAACCAUGAUUCUGCAGAAGACUCCAUUAUUGCUUAAGAUUAUAUAUAUAUAGCUAAUUUAGGAUUUGAACUAGGCCUCCUGUAAUUGUAAAAGAAUAAAAGUUGUGCAAAUUAUGGUCUAUAUAUAAAGUUUAUAUAUCUAACGAUGUAUCAAGGUCAGGGGUAAUAUAAUUACUACUUCGCAUUAAUUACCUCUGUCUAUCGCCUUUUCAUCAUUUUAUCUAUGUAUUAAGGCUUUGGAAAUAAUAAUGUUUAAAAUUAUAUUUUUAUUGUACAA